CAGCUCCCACAGUUCAUUGCCAAACUCUUUCCUUUUCAUAUAAACACUCGCUAAUGCCCCAAAUUACAAUUCCUCUCCCACAACAAAUCUAACGUACAUCCUCAAGAACAUCAAUCAAAUCCAAUCCUCUCGCGCAAAGUCCUCAUAGCCAUGAUCACGUGGCACGACCUAUACACUGUCCUGACUGCGGUGGUGCCGCUCUAUGUGGCCAUGAUCCUGGCGUACGGCUCGGUCCGGUGGUGGGGAAUCUUUUCCCCUGACCAGUGCUCUGGCAUCAACCGCUUCGUGGCCAUCUUUGCUGUCCCACUCCUCUCGUUCCACUUCAUAUCCCAGAACGAUCCUUACACUAUGAACUACCGGUUCAUCGCCGCCGACACCCUGCAGAAGCUCGUGAUGCUCGUCUUCCUCUUCCUCUGGGCCUGCUUCUCCCGGGCUGGGAGCCUUGACUGGGCCAUUACGAUCUUCUCCCUUUCGACCCUCCCCAACACCCUCGUCAUGGGGAUCCCGUUGCUCAUUGCCAUGUAUGGCACCUACGCAGGCAGCCUGAUGGUCCAGGUCGUCGUGCUGCAGUGUAUAAUCUGGUACACUCUUCUUCUCUUUCUCUUCGAAUACCGCGGCGCCAGGAUGCUGAUCAUGGAGCAGUUCCCCGAGUCCGCAGCCGCUAUAGUCUCCUUCAAGGUCGAGUCCGAUGUUGUGUCCCUUGACGGCAGGGAAUAUCUGGAGACGGAUGCCGAGGUCAGGGAGGACGGAAAGCUCCAUGUCACAGUGAGGAAAUCCAUCUGUGCCAGCUCGAGACGGUCAUAUGGCCUAGGCCCAAGAACGUCGUUCUCAGGCCUGACACCCCGCCCAUCGAACCUCACUGGCGUCGAGAUUUAUAGCCUCAGCUCGUCGAGGAAUCUGACCCCUAGAGGGUCCAACUUCAACAAUUCUGACUUCUACUCCAUGGGGGGCGGGGUACCUUCGAGGCUCUCUAACUUUGGUUCGUCCACAACCCCAAGGCCCUCGAGCUUCGAUGAGAACUGUACUUCUCCGAGGUUUGGGUUUUACUCUGCCCAACCGGGGCCAACAUCGCACCCGGGCCUGAGCCCUGAUAUAUCUACUGCCACCGCCAAGGUCAGCAAAAACCACCACCAGCACCAGCCACUGCAACCGUCUGUGAACAGCGGCAAGGCCAAUUAUGAUGCCAAGGAGCUGCACAUGUUCGUGUGGAGCUCGAGUGCUUCACCAGUGUCGGAGGGUGGUGGGCUCCAUGUGUUCGGCGGGUCCGAAGUCAGCCCAUUGGAGCAAUCUGGUCGGGCCGAUCAAGGUGCCAAGGAGAUUAGGAUGAUCGUUAAUGACAAUCCUCCUAAUGGUGACAGCAAAAAUGCUCCGGAAACUGCUGGGUGCGAUGCUGAGGACAUCAGCUUUGUGAGCAAACUGGAGGCAGAGGAUGAUGUUGGGGAAAGGAAGCACGGCCACGCUAAUGGACUCAACAAGCUGGUUGCCGACUCCAUCGCUGGACCACACCCUGAACCCGGCGCCAGAAAGCAAAUGCCACCAACGAGUGUCAUGACCAGGCUGAUCUUGAUCAUGGUUUGGCGGAAGCUCAUCCGCAACCCCAACACUUACUCCAGCCUGAUUGGCGUUGCUUGGUCCCUCAUUGCUUUCCGGUGGCAUGUGGGGAUGCCCAAAAUAGUAGAGAAGUCAAUCUCCAUACUGUCAGAUGCUGGCUUGGGGAUGGCAAUGUUCAGCUUAGGUAUAUUCAUGGCCCUCCAGCCGAAGAUAAUCGCCUGUGGGAAUUCCGUUGCCGCAUUUACAAUGGCUGUGAGGUUCCUAACCGGUCCAGCAGUGAUGGCCGCUGCUUCCAUCGCCAUCGGCUUACGCGGAACCCUCCUUCACAUAGCCAUUGUUCAAGCUGCACUUCCACAAGGAAUCGUCCCUUUCGUGUUCGCCAAAGAAUACAACGUUCAUCCGGCCAUUCUCAGCACCGGGGUGAUUUUCGGGAUGUUGAUAGCCCUUCCAAUCACUCUAGUGUAUUACAUUCUACUCGGGCUGUAAACUCCCCUCCCCGCAAUGUAUCCAAACACACGCAAGACAAGUGCGUGGAUCGAACUUUUUUCGGGGGGCAAAACAUCGAGUUAUAGUGGUUUCUUCACUGGAAUUAAGAUCGAUGACCUAAAUUACGCGAGGAGUUUCUGGAGCCUUCAGGGACAAUUACGCGACAUUGUUUAUCCAAGACCAUGAGCAGUUUGGGAGAUGUGAAAUUUGACUAAGGAAGAUUCCCAUGAUACGAGGGUUGAUGCCUCCAUUAGAAGACAAAGUCACUUGUAAUUUUUUUAAUGUGAUUUUUGGGGGGACAGAGAUGCCUCGUCUGCUCAGAGGAGACAUGCAAGAGGAAAUGAUGGCUAUAUUACAGAGUUUGAAGAUAUGAUUGCCGAAAUUGAAAACAUAAAUAUAUUGUGUGGGUCAACAAAUUUAAUCACCUUUUUAAUUCAUGUUUUCGUGUGCAAAUUAAUUGCAUUUGAAUGCUCAAACUCUUUCUUUGCUUUUGUGUCUUAAUUUAGUGCUAAUCCUUUUGGGCU